AAAUACAGUCUCUGCUACCUGCGACUCACAGAAGUACUUUUGUAUUCGGCUGGAAAGGAACGCCACAACAAUGCAAGGAUUUACAACAACUUACGAUGCGAAGGACCGCAUCUGGAGUGGAGACAAGCGGGUUACCACCUACACCGAUGAGACAUCAAUUGGUAGUGUAAUUUUCAAAGGGAUGAGGAACUGGCCCAAAAACGUUUGUCAGAUAAACGAUGUGGAUGGCGUGGAAAUGACGUUUGAGCAGGCAAUUACUUGGGCCAUUCGGAUUGCCCAGAUCCUCAAGAAAAAAGGACUAAAGUAUCCAGAUAUAAUUGGCAUUGUGGCCAGGAACUCCACAUACGUAGCUCCUGUAGCAUUGGCCUGUCUUUUAAAUGGAACCCCUUUCCACGCGGCUAGUCCCGUGUCGGACGAAGCCACCUUGACACACAUUUUCUCGAUAACGAAACCAACUAUUAUAUUCUGUGAUGGACAGGACUACGAGAAACUCUGUGCUGCGACUAAAGGAUGGAAACCAACAAUUUUCACGGUUACUGACUCCGUUGAAGGAGUGCCCCAUGUCGAUACCCUUCUGGAGCCAACUGCCACAGAAAUGUUUUACCAGCCAGAGCCUCUGCAGGAAGGAGGUGAACAGACUGUGGCCAUCCUCUGUUCGUCGGGAAACACUGGCUUACCCAAGGCUGUCUGCAUUUCCAACAGAGCUCUCUUCGCGGAUUACUAUAUGGUGAACAGCGAAUUGGUCGUAUUUUCUGCCAGUGGUCUGGAUUGGUACAGUGGCCUAAGCCUAUUCCUCUUGAGCACUGUGAUGGGCUGCACCCGGAUUCUAACUAACAAACCAUUUUCACCGGACUACUUUGUAAAGCUUGUUCAGAAGUACAGGAUCAGCACAGUUAUGUUGCUUCCUUGCCAUAUGAGUACCCUGAUCGCAUUUCCCGGGGCGACACAAGAAGCAUUGGCCUCCAUUCGCAGCAUGACCCAUUUAGGCGGAUUUACCUCUAUAACCACAUUGAAGAAAAUGCAAGAGCUCUGUCCAAAUGCGAUCUUGUGUUCAGGAUACGGAAUGACUGAGGUGGGGGGAAUAUCUAUUAAUAUAGGACUUGGAAACGUCAACAGUGCAGGCAAACCAUUUCCGGGCGUUAAGAUUCGGAUCGUAGACGAUAAUGGCAGCAACCUAGGUUACAACGAGCAGGGCGAGAUCUAUGUGCACACAGGCCUUCCCUGGAAAGGAUACUUUGGUAACCCCGUGGAGACUCAACGAACUCAGGACCUCGAAGGAUGGGUUCAUACCGGCGAUCUAGGCUACUUUGAUGACCAGAACCAGCUCCAUGUGGUGGACCGCAAGAAGGAGAUCCUCAAGUACAUGGGAAACCACUACUGGCCCUCUGAGAUCGAGGGCGUCAUCUCAGAAUUGCCCCAGGUGGAGGAAGUGUGCGUCAUCAGCGUAUACGAUGAGCAGCAGGGGGAUGCUGCUGGUGCACUGGUGGUGAAGCGUAAUGGUUCCUCAAUUACCGCCAAGGAGAUUGCUGAUCAUGUGGCCAAAAGGCUUCCCUCCAUUCAAAAGCAGCUGCAUGCUGGCGUGCAGUUUACGGAUAAACUACCAGCCAAUCCAAAUGGAAAGACAGUUCGUAAGUUGGCGCGAGAGGAAUUCGUUGCGAGAAAGGGUUCAAGCAAAUAAGAGUUCAAUAAAACACCUGGUAA